AUGGGAACCAAUGAUUUUCUCCAAAACUACUACGUGGAGCCUACACGAUGCGCCCAAUACACUGUGGAACAAUAUGGAGAUUACUUAAUUUCUAACUUUCACGAUUACGCCAAGAAAAUGCAUGCUCUAGGAGCAAGAAGAUUGGUGGUUGUUGGGGUUGUUCCAUUUGGAUGUAUGCCUUUAGUGAAGACAUUGAAGGGUACAACUAAAUGUGACGACGAAUAUAACCAUGUUGCUCUUUCAUUCAAUAACAAGAUCAAGAACGAAUUGGUUGCAUUAAAAACAUCAUUAGGGAUGAAAACAGGCUAUAUUGAUGCUUAUAAUCUCAUUCUAAGUGCAACCCAAAACCCUACAAAAUAUGGGUUUCUAGAGACUUCAAAGGGUUGUUGUGGAACAGGAACGUUUGAAUAUGGUGUUACUUGUAGAGGAUUGGGUGCAUGUGCUGAUCGAGAAAGAUAUUUAUUCUGGGAUGCAGUUCAUCCAACUGAUAGGAUGUAUAAGAUUAUUGCAGAUGAGGCUUUAAAUUCUAUAGUUACCAAACUUUUUAAUUGA